GCUACGGUAACUUUGCGAAAUGCGGCUGAGUGCCUACGCGGGUGACCUCCGGGGUCCGGCAAAACUUCGCUACGAAGAUAAGGUUCACCUUUGCGGCGGCAUCGACCUGUUCGACUUCAGCAGCGAUGAAGCUGUGUGUGACGUGAAGUGUUAUCCUCGCAUCGAGCUCACAAGGACUACCUUGUUGACACAAGCUUUGCAACAAGGGACGAGCUUCAAGCCUAUAAAUCGAUGGACGCCCACAGUUACGUGACGAGCGGAUGGGUCCAACAGCCACGAGACCACGGUCCAACAGUUCGAGACCUCGGAGACGGCAGCCGCGACGUCGUCGGAAACUGCAGCCAAGGGAGGCCUGGAGGUGACAUUGAUGGAACUGUCAGUUUCCUUGCCGAGGAUCGAAGGAUCAACGUGGCGGUGAUGAGGGCCCCGGUGCCACCUGGCCGUCGUGUGCGACAGCACCACCAUGUUGACUACAUGUGCAACAAAAGGAAGUGCACAGGAGUACACGUCUGGUCAAUCAGCUUACGGGAGAGAGAGGUGAACAAGCCGGCCAACAAGCCCAAGUCAAAGCCACGGCAGCAGCCAUCGUAG